AUGGGAUGCGCACCGAGCAGUGGCCGCACCAGUGUGGCCAAGGAUCGCCGCGAUUCCGCCGAGCCCGAGCACGAUGAGAACACCAAGCGGGUUCUGAUGCACACACCUGAUGUGAGGCUGGAUGUGGGCGCGGGGGUGCUGCCGGUCACCAAUGAGGAGCAACAGGUCGUCGUCUUCAUCUUUGGUGAGGAUUUUGAUUAAUUUUUUAUUUUGCGUGAAACUUGCACAGUGCAAUAAGUGCGGAAUACGCUGUGCGAAAGACGUUUGACUUCGCACAAAUAUUAAUAUUGGGUGUUUAUUAUAUUAUACACCGCAAUAAGAGUGUCGGCCUUAAUUCCCUGAGGGCCUAUAAGAUGUCUGGUUCGGCCAUCUCAUAAUUCUUGGCCAAGAAAUAAAAGCAAUAUUGGCCGAAGGAAAUAGGAUCCAAGACUGAGUAAUUGAUAGGUUAUGAUAUAAUAGCUAGAGAGAGUAACUAGUUACCGUGUAAAAUGUCUCGUUAAAAUUAAAACCGCGACAAUUGCGGAAAAUAAAAUCAAUUUUCGCUUUUUUUGGCUCGCUGAAACCACAGUUUCAUGUAUUGCGACUCAUUUGCCGUCUCUUUCCACCUGACAUGUCCUUAUAGUUCACCCACCCGACCUCUGAAAUACCUGUUAGAUGCCGUCUCCUAAAACGGACUGCUAAUGAGCUUUUACUUAUGAGGUUGGGCUAGCAAAUUAUUUUUUUGGCUAGCCAAAAAAGCGAAAAAAAACUUUUCAUUUUCCCCAAUCGUCUUUUCUCUAAUUGACGACGUUCCGUUAAACUUCUGCUUUUAGAUUUCUCUUACAAGUAGGCCAAUUAAUGAUACAAGACUUGUACGUUAGUAAUUCGCGCGACCAGUCGUAAAAAGCGCCGAAUCUUGACUGUAAGAAAGAUAACAAAAAAGAGGAGGCGACAGAGAAAUCAAGAACUUUUCCAAGGUGAGAAAUUGCGCAACGUGACGUAAUAUCGCUCAACAACUGCUAACAGUCAGGAUUCGGUGCGUUUUUUGCGAUUGGUCGCACGAAUCGCACGAAUUACUAACGCACACGCCUUCUAUGGUCUCUGCUUCUUGUCCAAUUCAAAUUUACGGUUUGAUGACUUGUGCCCAUACUGUAAACCAGGUUUUGGGCAUUGCUCUCGGAACUUUAUUUCAGCCCUCUUACGUCAAAUUGGCUUUUUUUGGGCCUCAGAUUAGACCAGAAUUAAAGUGGCCGUAUAUCUUGAUAUAGCAUUAGGGAAAUCAGAGGAGAGGGACUGCAUUUCCUGUCCUCUUCGUUUCUUUGACGUCAAACAACCACCUCAAUAACACCUUUCGCCACAAUUUACGGUGCUUCUCGAGGUAUUUGGUCGGCUAAGGAAGCCGGGGAACAUCUUGCUCAUACGCAACCACGAUUUCAGGAGGACCGGGAAGUCAGAAGGGACUCAUCACACAAGACUUGGCCCAUGAGUUCGACUUUGUCACUAUCAGUGUGGAGGACAUUGUCUUCUCGUAUCUUCCCAAUAAAGUCGCUAACACUGUCACAAACACAGUUGAGAUGCAACAAUUACUUAAGGUAAAUGUAGUAAAAAAACGCAAGUAGACUUGUUCAGAGAGACCAGAAAGUAAUCAAUUUGGAUUGGAUCAUGUCGAUGAUCAGUGCCAAGCUCUCCACCUCAACCAAUCAAAGAUUUAUAAUCGACAUAGUGCCUGAACUCAACUCAAUGCUCAAGACUGAUGGAUUUCGAACUGGAGAUCACAAUGACCAACUCGAGAACUUCGAUCGAAGGGUAAGAGAUCAUCUGUUGAGACUAUCUUCUGUUUCGUUUUAACGAUCUCUUCUUCUUCAGCAUCAUGUUGCAUUUGCCUUGGAAUUAUUUAUAUCGGAAGAGAGAUUGUUGUUAGACAAGAAGCCGGAUAAAAACAGCAAGGACAAGAAUGAUCAGAAUAAGGAACAACUAAGUCCAGAACUCACCGCUUUUAUGAAGGGAAUCGACGAGGCGGACAAGGGAAGGCUGGAGAAGAGAUUGGAGGCCUUUCAUCGAUGCUCGGCCCCUUUUCUGAGUUACUUUAGGAAAACAAAACGGGUAGUCAGAUUGGACAUGAGGGUACCCGGGAAUCCGGGGAUCAUGCAAGCUGUCCGGCAGACCUUUACUGACUUUGGAUAUGCCCGGAAUAACGAUUUUAUUCGAGUAGUCCUCUUUAUAAUCAGUAAGUGUAACAUUAAAACAAUUGUAAUCGCAUUGUUUAAGAUGAACGACAAAUCGCCGAUAUUGAUCUAGAAUACUACCGUCUGCGCAAAGUCAAGUUGUCCGAUGUAUGUCAUGAUUCCGACGAAACUCUGAGUCAGCAAAUCAGAUCUCUGCGGAAGUUUAUUUACCGAACCGCCAGACCUAAUGAGAAUAUUCUGGUGAUACUGAACUGUCUAAACAACACCGACUACCCUCCUGCCAAGAGAAUCAACUUUAUCGAAACGAAGCAGACCUAUCUUGAUUAUUAUAUCAAGAAUAGAGAACGAAGAAGCCCUCGGGGAAGGUGAGGACGAAUUUAUUCCCAUAUCAUUUUCUUUGAAUGAAAAUUUUAGAUGCAAAAUGGGAUUCCGAGCAAUAACAUCGACAAUCUCAGAGACAUGUCUGUUCCCUGAUACGAUGUCGUCCAAGUUGUGUACCAAAAUUGGACAUAUAUUUGGUGAGAAAUUAUCGUGGAGCGAAAGCGGGUCGCGAGCUCCCUCGCAGUUGAGUAAUGGCCUCAUAGACAUGUCCGCCUCUCCAAUGCCUCCCAUCGAAGAAGCUCCAAGUUGACAAUCAAGCGCUACGCAGCCUCGACACGAAAACAGACUUCAAGUUCAUCACCACCACACUCCCUGGUCUCGGCCAAAUUCGGUUUCGCCCAGCCCAGAAGUCUGAUCUUGUUUGUAGAAGUUGUGUAGCGCAAUAUGAGUCGACGAAAAUGUCGACUCCAGAAUCCUUGCCGUUUAUUUUCAGGAGUGAUCUCAGAAUAA